CUGGCUUUGAUCAGUCGGCAGUCUCGAAGACACACGAAUGGCGGUUUCCUUUCCACUCGACAUAUGAUAUUGGAAACUCAGUCCAUAUUCACAAGUCACUAUGGAGGCUAGGGUUAUUUUUAGUAAAAAAGCUAAACAUCGAAACGGGUACCUAGAGGAAUUCCCAACGACGGAGAAGGACUAUGAGGGGGAGUACUCGGACGAGGAUGACGUGUUUGUGGAGGACCCUAUUUUAGACAUUGCAGGAGCGACCAAGCCGCUUAUGCACCCGCGCAAAAGGACGAAAGUGACGAGUCGCACCCCUGAAUGCAAAUGUCGUGUUCUGUUUCGACCUAUACUGUAUUUUCUCUUGCUAGUUAUCGCCCUUGGUGGACUGAUGCUUCUCAUACUGUACCUCAUGGAUAAAUACAAGCAUCAUUCUGAUUCGUCGAGUGGAAAUUUGUAUGACGCUAACGGUCUUCUAAGCAGUUCUGUGAUUGGAUGUGACACGAUAGAGGUGGAGGACGUGUGGGUUGUCGGGAUACCCAAGUUGUUGACGGAAUCUGCGCUGCGAUUGGUCGAUGUAAACCAAGACGGGACCCUUGAUGUGAUUCUCGGUUUUGCAACAGGUGCUGACGGCUACGGAAUUCCCGACGUCGUCUGCGACAUCUACUUCAACGGCACUCGGCCGUGUCUGGGCGGUUUGAUUGCGCUGGAAGGGGUGACAGGUCGUGAGUUAUGGCGUCAUUACACCGAGCACGAAUUGUACGCAAUCAACUGUAACGUUGACCUGAACGGUGAUAAGGUCAAGGACUGUCUCGCUGGCGGGAGAGCUGGGGUGUUUGAGGCUGUGAGCGGUAAGGACGGGAAGAUGAUCUGGCGGUUCGAUGACGAGGAUGCGCGGAACAGCAUCAUGAAUCUCUACACUGCGCAGCUCAUACCGGAUGUAGAUGGCGACGGUGUACCGGAUGUGAUCGCCGUACACGGAGGCGACCCGCUGCAAGAUCCAGGAAGUGCCUACAGGUUAGCAGGGAGAAUCGUCAUGUUUAGCGGAAAGACCGGUGCGGUGCUGCAGUGGGUGGGAGUUCCGGACAAACGAGAGUCGUACUACUCCCCCCAGGUGUACACCCAACUCGACGGCACGGCGGUGGUGCUGUUCGGGACGGGGGGAGAGACCCACCCCGGGGCACUUUGGAGGAUCUCGCUGGAACACUUGUUAAAGGGGCAGAUCGAGAAAGCGAAGAAGAUUCACUCGGACAGUCACAAGGGUGUCAUGACGCCGCCAGUUCUUGUCGACAUCACCGGCGACCACGUCGUCGACAUCAUCCUUCCCAUGUUCAACUCGAGCGUCAUCGCAGUGGACGGCCGCACGUUCCAGCUUCUGUGGAACUAUUCCUUCCCCAUGUCAGAAUCGUACAACACGCCGGCGGCUGGUUACUACAACGACGACGACGUCCCAGAUUUCAUGGUGAAGUUCUCACAUGGUCCGGGUUUCCCUGUCUACUACGACUCACAGACGACAGUUCUCGACGGACGGACUGGAACGCCUUUAAUCACGCCAUUUAUCCGUGACACCGUGGGGACGCAGUCGUCUCCCCUGACUAUCAGCAUGGAAGGUUACGGCAAUGACGUCUUCUUGCACUGGGUGGCCGACUGUGAGCAGCAUGAGGGGGAGGGGGGAGAGUUCACGUUUGUCAAGGGGACGAAUGUUCACGAACAGAGCCGAUCGGACUUCUGUCAUCUCCGCUUUAAGACGAAUGGGUUCAGUAAGAUGUUCGCCACUGGUCGGAAUUUCCGCUCACCAGGUGUCGCUGUGUAUUACUCAGGUGAUAGAGUGGAAGUAGAGAAGUCGGUAUGGAUCAACACAACGGAAGAAGCGAUCGACUUUGUACGGAAACACCCGGAACAUCUCGAGAAUUACCAAUACUACGCGUCACUAUCUGCACGUGCAGAAGAGCAGAAACCAUACAACAAAUUCAAAACUGCCGACACGACCACGUCACAGCAUCACGGCGGAGAAUUCAUCUCAAAAGACGCGCAUUACAGAAACCAGAUGACGUCAUCAAAUUCGAAAAAAGGUCCAUCUUUUCAGCAGAGAUUUCCAAAUCCGUCACGUGACCGGACACUCGGGUCUUUGUCUAGAAUUCCCAUCGAUCGGGACCCAAUCGGAAGCAGACGGCGUCCCGAUCUCUGGGGCGGAAGUAGACAGCGCCCUCUGGAUAGAAGCGGCUGGCCGGACAGCACGGCGGGAUAUGAGGACCGAACGGACUACGGUCGCGACGACGCGUACCCUAACGCUAAUAACCAUUACUGGUACAACCUGCCUGCUACUCAGGUACAAAACAACCCGUACUAUGACCCCCCCACCGACGAGUAUGAGGGGGAGGAGGAGAAGUAUAACCGUUACCCCACUUACAAAUACUCCCAGAAGAGGUCGAACGCGUCACAGAAGGACAAAAGCAAAAUGCAUUACUAUCACAUGAAGCACAAACGAAGUGUUGGAGGUGCUGAGGAAUAUUCAAAGUUAUUCAGUAAGCGAAGUCUUGAUUCUCUUAGGAAACGGCUCGUAGAGGAGAUGGACAGACGACGCAAGGAAGACAGAAAGCGUCAUAAAAUGUUCUUCAUGAAGAGAAGAAAACGCGAGAGCGAACGACAGAGCGAAAACGACGUUGAAGGAAACGAAAAAAUUAAAAGUUUCCAUCGUGACCGCCGUCAUGCUGGUUCCCAUGACAACCCCACUGAAAAAACAAACCUUUUAUAUCGUCACCGCCGCCAUGUUGGUUUCCAUGGCAACCCCACUGAAAAUAUAAACCUUUUAGAUCGUCAUCGCCGUCAUGUUGGUUCCCACGGCAACCCCACUGAAAAAAAUGACAUUUUAGGUCGUGACCGCCGCCAUGUCGGUCCCCAUGACAACCACGGCCUGCAGCGGCUGCUGUCGACGGGUACGAUUGCGCCGACGACGUUGCCACCGGACCACGCCGACUUCAACCACAGCGUGGACAUCAUCUUCGCCACCUACUGGUUCUUCCCCGCCAAAACUCAGGCCAUUCUUCCGCAAGACCGCAAAUGUAUUUCCGACAAACUCUCGAAAGCUGAGACACGAUUUGAUCCGAAAAGUAAAUACUACGGAUUGGACGAAGACUCGUAUGAACACACUGUCACUCAGGAAUGUCUGAAGGCGAGUGAUCACCAACUACACGACGACGGCGUCUACGAGUCGCAGACGUCCUACAACCCCUACGACGUGCACAUGGGACAGAUGACCAUGUACAGAUUACGUAUCAAAUGCACAUGCUCGAAUGCCACUCUUACGAAAGCAACCAAUCAGGGAAAACGAUGCGCCCAUAUUUUACCAUAUGACCAACAACAAUGGCCCGCCUACAUGGGACGCAACGCCGAUAGCCAUUGGCUGCCUCGGAACACGUGAAUUAUAUUGGAAACGCCCAAACAAUACCCGUUAUAUUGUAUAUAUGUAUAUUUUGUAAAAUUAAAAAAUGAACGUUAUUUAAAUAAAAACCUGUAUUUUA